GUGUGCUGUGAUAGCUGAAUGCAUAUUAGCAGAUAUACCAUAUUGUAUUCUAUACUUAGUGAUGGCUCCCUUUGUUUUUUUGUCUCUUUUAUUCUUAUGCUUAAUUGGAGAUUCUAAGGGUCAGCUUAGAGUUGGUUUCUACUCCAACACAUGUCCUCAAGCAGAGGCCACUGUCCAUGAUGUUGUUAGACAAGCUGUUGUUUCUGACAACUCCAUGGCUGCUGGUUUGCUCAGGCUUCAUUUUCAUGACUGCUUUGUUGAGGGAUGUGAUGGUUCAAUUCUAAUAGAAAAUGGUCCACAAAAAGAGAAAUCAGCAAAUGGACAUCAAGGUGUUAAAGGUUUUGAUGUUAUAGAAAGAGCCAAGGCAAGAUUGGAAGCAUCUUGUCCAGGAGUGGUUUCUUGUGCAGACAUAGUUGCAUUGGCAGCUAGAGAUGCAAUAAUCAUGGCAAAUGGACCUUCAUACCAAGUUCCUACAGGGAGGAGAGACGGAUUGGUUUCUGAUGUUUCACUUGCAAAGGAUAUGCCGGAUGUUAGUGAUUCAAUUCAGCAACUCAAGACCAAGUUUCUGAACAAGGGUCUUACAGAAAAAGACCUUGUCCUUCUCAGUGCUGCACAUACAAUUGGAACCACAGCAUGUUUCUUUAUGACAAAAAGACUAUACAACUUUUUUCCAUUUGGUGGUGGAUCAGACCCAGCUAUUAGUCCAUUUUUCCUUCCACAACUAAAAGCAAAGUGUCCUCAAAAUGGAGAUAUUAACACACGUUUAGCCAUUGAUGAAGGGAGUGAUAAGAGAUUUGACAAAAACAUAUUGAAAAAUAUAAGGGAUGGUUUUGCAGUGUUAGAAUCUGAUGCAAGGCUUAAUGAUGACAUAGCAACAAGGAGUGUCAUUGAUUCAUAUUUUAGUCCCAUGAAUCCAAUAUUUGGACCUUCUUUUGAAAAUGAUUUUGUUCAUUCAAUUGUUAAAAUGGGACAAAUUGGUGUUAAGACAGGUUCUGCUGGAAACAUUAGACGUGUGUGCUCAGCAUUCCAUUGAGUUGAAGACAAAGUGAUUACAUAAAUUGUUCAUCAAAAUUCUUAUUACUGGAUUGUGUAUAUCAGUAGCUACUAUAUGCCUAUAUAUGUAAUUGUUGUUCACAAUAUUAAUUGUGAUGUGAUUUUUAUUUAUACAAUUCUUGUUUAUUUAGUUUUUACAAUGCUUUUUUUGUUAGUAUGUUAAAAUAAUCCUUGAAUAGGUACAUAAUCCUUGUUUAUAUA